CUCCCCAUAUAUAAACACGCAAGGACGACGUCGUUCUACCUCCCUAGCCCUAGCCCCCCAAAACCUUCCUUUUACAUAUAGGCAACAAGCUUUGAGACUGCAAGCUUACUUAAUAUAAACAUGAGACUUCACCAUUUCCAUAUGGCUUACUUUGAGAAAGCGACAUCAUCGUCGUCUCCAUCAUCCAUCUCCCCGUCUCUCCCUUCCUCUGCCAUUCCUCUCUGUCUGCGUCCACUUGCACCGAAAAUCUCAUUCCCUGAGGCGAGGAAGAUGGUCGUCCUUCCUGAGUUUGCUCGCGUCAGACAUGCUUCAAGGCUUCUGAACUGCACGGUGCAGGUGCCGACGGCUGGCACGACACGGUGGAACCCGUCGUCGGAGCAGAUAAAGGUGCUGGAGACGCUGUACCGCGGCGGGAUGCGCACGCCGAACUCAUUCCAGAUCGAGCGCAUCACGGAGGAGCUCGGCAAGUACGGCCGGAUCGAGGGCAAGAACGUCUUCUACUGGUUCCAGAACCACAAGGCCCGCGAGCGGCAGAAGCAGAAGCGCGCCGCCCUCCUCACCCUCAAAGAUGGGGCAGAGAAGAAGGAAGCGAGCGCGGAUGCAACGAGCUGCAAGCGAAGGUGCAAGACCUGGGCCGAUGGCCAUGGCGAUGCGGCUACGACGGAGGUAGACGACUGCACCGACGAUGUGACCCUGGAGCUCUUUCCGUUGCGUCCUCAGGGGAAAUCGAAUUAAUUAAUAAGCUUGCUCUGCGUAUAUGCAUGCAUGCUCCGUCGUCUUGCAUGGUCUCGAUCCUGGAUUGGGUUGUUCAUUGUGAAAACUUAGACGCAUUCACGUGUGCUUUGUAUGGUAGUCUAGACUUGUUUGGACUGCUUAA